GCCCGGCCCGGCCGGGGCGCCGCGAGUGCGGCACGGCCUCCGCAGGCGGGAGCAACGCCAUGGAGAGCACCAUGGAUUUCCAAGCGACUGCGUCGGCAGCCCCUGAUUUCGGCAGUGAGGAAGCCCCAGAGCCGCCGGCCAUGGACACGGAGCAAGGGCCUUUGGUGCAGCCCAGUGCUCCUGAGCACAGCGUGGGCGACGUGCGGCUGGAGGGGCCCCCCUUCGUCACCCUGCACUCCAGCCACAGGUCCGGGCAGGACCUGCCUCUCCCCAGGAGUCGACAGAGGAGCCCGGGGCCCAUCCCAGAGUCUGCUUCAGCUUCGGACCUUAAAGGAGGUGGGGGCACGCAAGCUGAGCUUUGUGAGGAUUUGGGAAGAGAAAUGGAGGAGGAAGAGGUGACAGGGCCGCAGGUCACUGCAAACUGGAAACCAAAUGCAGGGAGCGCGUCCCAGGAGACAGCCCCCCCCCGAGCCCCGAGCAGUGGUGAUCUGGCGGGCAUGGAGCUGGACGAGGCACCCGAGGCCAGCGCUUGCCUGGGUGGGGACAAAUGGGUCGAGAAUGUGGAGGAUGAGCCCUCGGAGCUCCAGGGCCUGCUAGCCCAGCUCCAGACCCUCAGCACUAACAUCUGCGAUGACUUGCCCGCCCCGAAGCAGGGACCAUCGCUCUCUUCGAACACCAGCGCUGUCCCUGCGAUGGGCGAGCGGAGCCCGCGGGGUUAUGGAGAGUGCCAGGGCAAAUGCCGGCCCUGCCCACUGCAUGUAGCCACAGGCAGAGGCCUGGAGACGCGGCCCUGCUGUGCCCAGCACUCGGCCUGCUCCCGGCCUUGCCACGGCCUGCUCUUUGCUGAGGUCGAUCGGGAGGACUUGCUGAGCCUCCUGUGCUAUGAGGGGGGGCUGCCAGAGGCCAGCACUGAGACACCCCUGGCCCGUUCUGACAUCCUGGCUGGGACUAAUCUGGAGAUGCUGCAGGCUCAAGAAGAACCAGCCACUCUGGAUGCACCUGAAGCACUGGGGAGGCCAGAGAGCUCAGAGGAAGGAUGUUCUGGUGGCUGGUAUUAUGGAGAGGGGCUCUGUGAGGUCCACUCCACCUGCGUGGACAACCAGGACAGCUCCCCAGAGGCAGCGUGGGUGGCCCUGUCCUCUACUCCAGCCCAGGAGGCAGAGCAGCCACCCAAAGGCAGCAUGGCUAAUAAGGAAUCCUGCUCCUCCUGUCCAGCCUUCAAAGAGGUUCCAGGCCCCUGUGACCCAGAGGAUCUGCUGGAUGGUGUGAUCUUCGGGGCAAAGUAUCUGGGCUCCACACAGCUUGUCUCAGAGAGGAAUCCCCCGACUAGUGUCCGCAUGGCACAGGCCCAAGAGGCCGUGGACAGGAUCAAGGCACCGGAGGGGGAGUCCCAGCCGAUGACGGAGGUGGACUUGUUUGUCUCCACGCAGAGGAUCAAGGUGCUUACAGCUGACACGCAGGAGGCCAUGAUGGAUCACUCCCUGCAGACCAUCUCCUACAUCGCUGACAUUGGCUCUCUUGUGGUGCUCAUGGCUCGCCGGAAACUGCCCCGACGGGCGGAAGCCGCAGAGGAAAAGCGGCUCUACAAGAUGAUCUGCCAUGUCUUCCACUCAGCUGAUGCCCAGAUCAUUGCUCAGGCCAUCGGGCAGGCCUUUGGCGUGGCCUAUCAGCGCUUUCUGGAGGCCAACAGCAUCAACCCGAGUGAGUUGAGCCCUCGCCAGUACAGCCGUGCCCUCGAGGACCAGGAGCACUACAACACGGAGCUGACCCACUUCUCCAGGCAGGAGAACUGCAAGGAUGUCUGCAUCCGGAAGCAGAAGGGGGAGAUCCUGGGCAUCGCCGUUGUGGAGUCAGGCUGGGGCUCCAUCCUGCCCACUGUCGUCAUCGCCAACCUCAUGCACGGGGGCCCUGCGGAGAGGUCAGGCGAGCUGAGCAUUGGGGACCGCCUCAUGUCUGUCAACGGGACAAGCCUGGUGGGGCUGCCCCUCGCCACCUGCCAGAGCAUCAUCCGGGAACUGAAGCACCAGACAGAGGUGACAUUGAACAUAGUGCACUGUCCCCCUGUCACCACUGCUGUCAUCCGGCGCCCUGACUCCAAGUACCAGCUGGGCUUCUGCGUUGAGAAUGGCGUGAUUUGCAGCCUGAUGCGCGGGGGCAUUGCGGAAAAAGGCGGCAUCCGUGUGGGGCACCGCAUCAUCGAGAUCAAUGGGCAGAGCGUGGUGGCAACACCGCAUGAGAAGAUCAUCCAGAUCCUCACGCAGGCCGUCAGUGAGGUCCACAUCAAGACGAUGCCAGCGUCCACGUACCGCUUGCUGACAGGGCAGGAGCAGCCCAUCUUUCUCUGAGCUGUUGGCUGUGCCUGGUUUUUCACUGUACGUGCCUGGGACUGGGCAGGAGUGAGCUUGGUGCUGCGAGGGUAGGACGUGCUCUGCCUCAGCACUGUCAUUAGAGCCCUCUGGCCUCCAGCAGGGCCUUAUCCUGCGCCUCUUCAGUUUUACUCAGGACUCAGCAGGAGACUCUGAGGGCAUGACCCAGCCUGAGCAGUGUUUGGGCAUGAGGUGCCAUGGUUUGGGCCUGUGAUCCUUCUCCUCCACCUCUGUUCACCCAUCUCUGUUUCACCGUGGCUGCGCGGUGCCUGUUCCACUGCUUCGCACAAUCCCUCGCCUUGGCUUGGUGCUGGUAGGAGGAGUGGGGACCCGGCAGGAAGUGUUGCCCCAUCCCCUCGCUCCCCAAUAGUGCUUUUCGCUCACCGAUGGUGCCUUUCCUCAUAAAGGGACGGUGCUUGAGCACAGCUCUUGGGGCUUGUCCUGGGCAGUCCCAAGCAGUGCUGCACUCUUCGCAGCAGCGUGUGGGCACCCCCCAAGGUGGGAGCUCUCAGAUUCAGCCUUAUUUGCAGCAGGACCCUCAACAGCUGCUUUUCCUCCCCAGCUUUGCCAGGGGCCCGUUGGGGUGCACAGUCCCUGUUAGACCUGUUGCGCUGUGCCUGGAAACUACCUCUGCCUCCCCAGGAGUGCCUUUAACCACUCUGCACGCACUGCCCGGCACCCCCAAGGGCACGGGGUCCCAGCCCUCAGGGCUGUCCCUCCGCACAGCGAAAACAUGGUGCUGCCCAGCGCUGCUCUUGUCCCGGGUGGUGACGUGAGCCCCCCGCCAAGGCAGCGUCCUUGCAACUGGGUCCUGGCAUAGAGAUGAGGACUUCCCAGGGAUGCCUCUUCCAUGAGUGGUUUCCUGGACCCAUUUGGCCCAGGCAGCGCUGACAUGACUUUGCCCCUGUGCUUGGUUGAUGUAAAAAUAAAAGUUUUGGGAGAUA